GUGCAUGUUUUCUCCUAUAAAUUCUUGUAGAUCACUUAACCUUAAAAAUCAUUCAAACUUCAAACCUACAAUAUAUUGGUCAAAGAAGUAAUAUCAUCGAUGGCAUUAUACGAAGAUUUGAUGUCGAAAUGCGCAGAACACCUGAGUGCUUACAAAUCCGCUUGUGAAGAACACACACACCUCAAAUCCUAUGAUGCAUCGCUUCAGCAGAAAACCAUGAAAACGAUAGAAUCAAUCCCCGUUAGGGCCAAGCCUCAAUCCAAGUCUGAUUCGGUGUCCCCAUACGAAGUACACAAGGAGGUCUCCCAGCACAUGUUUGAAGUUACCGAAGGUGUGGCAAAGUUCAUUACUGAAAGCGACCAUGAUGUGUGGGAGAACAAAGCUCUAAGGGAUUUGGUCGAGGCUUAUUUCGAAAUCACCAAGGAGACUUUAAAGAUUUUCAAUACUAUACAGAAUUGCGUCGACGACGCAGAAAUGGGCCAACUUCUCAUUCGACAGGCCGUGGCAGAUUUUGAGAAAGAGUCGGCAGAGAAGGAUGCUGGUGGGAAAAAGAAGAAGUAUGAGAAAACCUUGAAGGAUCUGAAGAAGUUUAAAGCCAUGGGAGAUCCCUUUGAUGGCCAAGUGCUCACGAUUCAGUUCAAGUUGAUCAAAGAGCAGCAAGAAUCCCUUAUGAAGGAAGUAGGUGCGGCUAAACAAAAGAUUCUUGACGAAAUUUCUAACGUGGAGCAAGAGAUUGUAAUUUCGAAUGUUGUAUUCGGUGCUACUGUUGCCAUUGCUGCCGUCAUAUCGAUAGUUUUAAUUUCAACAUGCGUUGGUGCGGUUGCGGGCUUCGGGGCUCUAUGUCCAUCACUGCUUGCGGCGGGAUGGGCUGGCGUCUACACUAUCUUAGAGAAAAAGAAGGCUGAUCUGAAGAAAGAGUUGGACGGUCUGAAUGAACUGGUUGAUAUUGAAGAAUCGGUGGAGAAGGGUAUAAAAACCAACGAAGAAGCGACAGCGACCGUAUCAACUCUAGUCAGCGGGCUAGAAGACCGUAUCCACACUAUGUUGGCACUUGCAGAUAAUGCUAUUGAGAAUGAAGACGAUGAGGAGGACACGAAACUUGUCCUAAAAGUAAUCAAGGGGAAAAUAGAUAAGUUAACAGAGAAAAUCAAGGAAGUUGGUGAAAGUGUGCAAGAACAUAGCAAACUCAUCGCAGAGGCGAGACUUCAUGUUCUCCAAAAGAUCAACCGUUCUUGAAAACAUUGAUCCGUCUGAACUUUAAACCAUGUUUGUUGUCUAAAACCCCUAUGUUAUAUGCUUAUAUAAAACUGUAAAAGGGUUAUUAGAGUUUGCAGCCCAUUGUACCUUUUUUUAUUUUACUUCGUGACGUUGAUCAUCCUAUACGGUUGGUUAUUUUACUACGUAUUUUUAUACUUCGUGAAAUAAAGUUUGUUGUUGUGUCA